GAAACGUCAGAACUUCAAAAGAAUAUACAAGAGUUGGUUUGGAACCUCUCUGCAUUAAGAGAUUACUCGGUAGGAGUAAUUCUAAAUCAUUAGCAGUGGUCAGUUAAAAGCAAAAGUGCACUGAUGUGAAAUACAUGGAUACAUAUAUGUACAUAAGACUAAAGGCCCCAAAAGGACUUUUAACUCCCUGAUUGUUGUUGAUUGUAAUGGAACAGAAAUAUACAUGUUUUAAACAGAGCUUUAAUAAUUCCCUGGAGCGCAGGCUGGAGGCAUCGUUUUUGUGUUAACAACACUGCAUGUCUUCUGUUUUAACUUCUGCACUGUGGUGAUCUAAAUUUUAUAUCUAAUCCGAGACUGUUGUGUGCCUGGGGGAGAAUGAUAAACAUUGCUAUAGGUCAUCUUAAGUGUCAUUAUCACAGACAUUAUCAGCGUUCUCCUAAUUUUUUUAACCAUUUUUGGAAGAAUAGCACCUAUAUAGCAAUCAUCAUCAUUAAAUCAUUAUGACCAAGAAAUGAGAAGAGGGUAUUAUUCUACAAAGAAACUUGAUCACGAAUAUUAAUUUGCAUUUUUUUAUUGUUAUAGGUUUCAGGGGAUGUAAAAGAACUGAAGAAAAACGUAAGUUUGCCAUUCAUUCGCCUCCUUUAAUAAUCGUAAUGAUCAUCUUAAUCUUAAUAAUAAUGAUAAUGAUUGUAAAUCAUCAAUAACAAUAAAACAUUUAUUAAAAAUAUGAUAUAAUGUUAAAUGGUUUCUUUUCUUUUCUUUUCUUCCUUGUGUUAGGUCUCAGCAGAGUUGAAGGAGCUAGUGAUAAAGGCAAGUUUAAAUUCAACCAUUUCCAGUUCCAUCUAUAUUAAAAAAUCACUAUUGGUGCGCUUAGUUUAACAUGAGUUCCUUACUUUAUGGUAGAUGGAAAAAAAAAUGGAAAACAUGAAAAACGAGGUAAGUUUCGUUAUCUGAAUCUCUCACUGUUUCAAUCCCCAUCAUCAUGAUGUUCAAAAGCAAAACGCGGACUGCUCUAGUAAUUUCACCAACUUUUGUAGGCCCGUUAAUUCUCUAACACAAUAAUUUGGCUCGUUCUAUUUUUUAGGGCAAAAAUACAGAGCUAGAGGAUAUCCGUCUCGUAGUACAGGAUGCUGCACAAACUUUGACUGGUCUGAAUACAAGCGUAAAUGAGAGGUUUCUGCAUUUUCAAAAAACAAUCAUCCAACUGGAUCAAAAGGUACAUAUACUUGAAUGUAUUAUUGGGUGCCAUUUCGUACUGAAUUUCGAAUCAACCUCUGACUGACCUUUCACUUUCACUUUCACUUCUAUUUUCACUGUCACUGUCACUGUCACUGUCACUAUUACUGUUACUUUCACUGUCACUGUAAAUAACAAUUUCAUUUCCAUUGUCAUUGACACCGUCACUUUCAUUGUCAUUGACACUGUCACUUUCUCUGUCACUUUCACUGUCACUUUCACUGUCACUGUCAUUGUCACUGACAUUCUUAUUGUAAUUGCGGCAAUUGGCAUUGUCAUUACAAUUGUCAUCAUUUUCAUUGUUAUCAUCAUGGUAAUGGUUACUGUGAAUAUCAUUGUUGUUGUUGCUUUUUUUUAAUUGAGUAGGUGAAAAAUGCUACUGGCAGCAGGAGCGUCAGAGGACCACCUGGAGUCAACGGUUCUAAUGGAGACGUUGGACCUGCCGGACCCGCCGGACCUCGAGGAUAUAAUGGUACAAAGGGUGACAUUGGACUUUCCGGACCUGCCGGACCUCCCGGUCCUCCGGGAUAUAAUGGUACUCAGGGCCAUGCAGGACCGCCUGGAAUACCUGGUGUUCAGGGUCUUCGUGGACCAUCUGGGUUCAAUGGUACCCAGGGUCCACCUGGACCCGGGGCCAGUUCCUGUGUUUUUAAGAAUUUAACCAGCUCUGGUACGGCAGCAAGCCCGAUCGCCCCACAAGAAACUACGGCGACGGAAACAAACGUAAGUUUAGUUGAAGAUUGUGAAAGUUGA